AUAUAAAACUAUAAAUUAUCCUUUAUUUUCUCUUUUUUCCGUUUUUUCUAAAAGCCAAUACUUCUGGAUUUCCAUUUACUGUUCCCCUUCUUCUUCUCUCUCUUCCCUCUCUCUACUUGCCGGGAAACCUCUUCCCCUCGCCGGCGAACAACUUUUCCGUUUACCGGUGAAAAGAGUCGACGAAAAAUUCUAAUGCACUCACUCUUCGUAUUUCGUUCGGUUUGAUUAUUGCUUUUACCUUUGGCGUAACUGAGUCACUUGGUUGGUGGAAUCGCUCUGAUCUCUGAGUUUGACUCGUUUUGUGGAGUUCUAGGGGAAUGUGGCGAGCCUAAGGGUGUUUUUCUGGCUCCUUAUGCCCUAGAUCAGGAUCUAGGGCUUGACUGAAGGCUGUAUUGUUGUUUUUGGCCUUUUUUUGUAUUGUUUUUUCUGUGAAGACGAAGAAGAGUAGGGAAAAGCUUCGUAAUGAGAUGGUGGAAGGGAGAGUCUGCAUGUCGAGGGAGGCUAAAUUGGAAUUUUUGAAGCGAAAGAGGCUUCAACGAAUGAAAACAGAAUCUUUGAAUGAUCUUUCUUGUGUCAGCAAUAUGCUGAGUAGAAGCGGAGGAGAUGCCCUACGAUCUUCUGCUUCAUGUGGUGUUAGAAUCCAGGUUAAUACUGAUUCAUAUCCAGGAUCUGGGGCUUCUUUUAAUGGAAAGGAUAAUUUCUCAAAGCACAAGGUAGCAAAGUUUGACACUUCCAAUCUGGACUGGAUCGAUAAAAUUCCAGAAUGUCCAGUAUACUGUCCAACUAAAGAGGAGUUUGAGGAUCCCUUAGUUUAUCUCCAGAAGUUAGCUCCCGAAGCUUCUAAAUAUGGUAUAUGCAAGAUUGUUGCCCCUAUAACUGCUUCUGUUCCUGCUGGAGUUGUUUUGAUGAAAGAGAAGGCUGGUUUUAAAUUUACUACUAGGGUACAGCCACUUCGGCUAGCCGAAUGGGACACGGAUGACAAGGUCACCUUUUUCAUGAGUGGAAGGAACUAUUCAUUCAGAGAUUUCGAGAAAAUGGCGAACAAGGUAUUUUCUCGUCGAUAUUAUAGUGCUGGAUGCCUUCCUCCUACAUACUUGGAAAAAGAAUUUUGGCAUGAAAUAGCUUGUGGAAAGACUGAUAGUGUAGAAUAUGCCUGUGAUGUUGAUGGUAGUGCGUUCUCAUCUUCUCCAAAUGAUCAGCUCGGAAAAAGCAAAUGGAAUUUGAAGGAACUUUCUCGGUUGCCUAAAUCAGUACUGCGGCUCCUCGAAAAAUCAAUCCCGGGAGUUACUGAACCUAUGUUGUAUAUUGGAAUGCUAUUUAGUAUGUUUGCUUGGCAUGUGGAAGACCACUACUUAUAUAGUAUCAAUUAUCAGCACUGUGGGGCAGCAAAAACGUGGUACGGUAUUCCAGGUCAUGCAGCACUUGACUUUGAGAAGGUCGUCCGGGAGCAUGUGUACACCAAUGAUAUCUUAUCAGCUGAUGGAGAGGAUGGAGCUUUUGAUGUGCUUUUGGGGAAGACAACACUGUUUCCUCCAAAUAUUUUGUCAGAGCAUGGUGUACCUGUGUAUAGAGCUGUUCAAAAGCCCGGCGAAUUCGUAGUAACUUUUCCUAGAGCGUAUCAUGCAGGAUUUAGUCAUGGUUUUAAUUGUGGUGAGGCAGUUAACUUUGCAACUGGCGAUUGGUUUCCUAUGGGUUCAAUUUCUAGCCGUCGCUAUGCACUUUUGAACAGGGUGCCCUUACUUCCCCAUGAGGAACUUCUCUGCAAAGAAGCAAUGCUUCUGUGUACGAGUUUGAAACUGGAAGAUCCUGACUAUUCCUCUUCAGACUUGAUCACUCAUCGUAGCAUCAAAGUUUCUUUUUUGAAUUUGAUGAGGUUUCAGCAUCGUGCUCGUUGGUGCCUCGCAAGGUUAAAAGCAUUUUCAUGCAUAUCUUUAUUCACACAUGGUACCAUUCUUUGCAGCAUAUGCAAGCGUGAUUGUUAUGUAGCUUACCUUAACUGCAACUGCUAUGCACAUGCAGUGUGCCUUCGCCAUGAACCUAGGUCACUUGAUUUUCCUUGCGGCAGCAAUAGAACCCUUUGCCUAAGGGAAGAUAUUUUGGACAUGGAAACUGCAGCUAGACAGUUUGAGCAGGAUAAGGUAGUUCUGCAUGAAGUUCAACAGCAACACAGAAAAACUGAUGACUUUUCUAAACUUUUAAAAAUGUUUCCACGAGCCGAGGAUGAUGGUUAUGUUCCAUAUUGUGAAAUCAAUUUUGAAUGGCCAGAGGACUCAGUUGAACAAACAAUUUAUGAGGAAGCACCAAAUGGUUCUGGUCCUGUUGUGUCUGAUCUCAACUCUUCAAUGGAGCCAAAAGAUUAUCUUUCAACUGGUGUUAAUGUACAGGGAAAUGCUAACUGUAACUUAGGGGAUAGUUCAUCAAUGAAGCUCCAUGGUGAUGUUUUUAGUUGUGGGAGUGAAAGAUCGGAGAUUUCAUCAAGUGCUAGCAGUAAAGUCCAUCAGAAAGUAGCUCAAGAGACGGAUUGUAGAACUAUUAUAGAUCAAGACAGUGAUGAGUCUGAUACAGAGGUUUUCAGAGUGAAGAGACGUCCUCGAGCAGAACAUAGAAGUGUACAUGAUUCAAUGUCUAUCAACGUUGAAAAUCAGAGUUUUAAAAGAUUAAAGAAACAUCAAUCAGGACGAUUGGGGUCAUUGUGUUUGCCAGAGCAUUCCUCGACUUGUGAUAUAAAUCAUAGGUCCGUUGCUAUUUCAAGCCAAUCGAAGGAAGCAUUGGACUUCCAUCCCAGAGACAAGUCAGUGAGAGGUGGUACAGUUCCAGUCUGUAUUAAGUUGAAGAAAGGGGUUGGUUAUGAACAAGAUGAGCACAAGAGAGAUGAUAGGUUACCGUUUGAAUUGGGGCAGAGUAAGAGGAGGGAACCAGGGAGAACAGAGAGUGGGUCGAAGCGUUUGAAAGUCAGAGGUCCUUCAGUUUUAGGGUUUGGAGGUCGGAUGGAUGGAUUGAAUAGAUAGGUAACUGAAAAAGUAAAGGAGCAUCGACUUUGCUAACACACAGAUAUUCUCUAACAACACGAUAAAGAAAGGUAAGCAUUAGAUUAAAGAAGAGUUCUUUGUGCAGGCCUCUAAAGUUGGGGCAAGUAGCACAGUGGUGAUUGUUAUUGUUCUUUGUCCAGGGAGGAGAACCUCUCUCCUUGUUAUUCCACUGCAGAUAGAUAGUAGGUGAAUUCUCUCAUGUACAUUUUUAUUUUUAACAAGUUGAUCCAAUUCUUGUGAGGUGCAAAUGGGUAUUCCCAAAUAGCCCUCUGAUUUAAUGUCAAGCCUGUUGCCUUCUCCCUAGUUUAGGGUUCAUUAUUCUUUUGUAGCUACAUGUCCUUUUUUGGCUUGAAACUACAUGAAUAAAUACAUAGCAUUUUUUUUCCCCCUUUCA